AUGUUUUCUCCAGUGUACGAGGACGUCUCCGGUCUUUUCGGCCGCCCCACGCCGGUCACCGGUUACGGCCCUGUCGGGGAGCUGCACUUUCCACCGGCCCGCUUCACCAGCGGCAGCGGCUCGCAGCCGUCUUCAACGCAGCAGCAGUCCCAACAGUCCCAACAGUCCCAACAGCAGCAGCAACAGCAGAUGCGGGCCGCGUUCUCGUUGAUGGAUGCUGCCGGCAGCUUUGCUCCUCAACAGCAGUCGCAGUCGCAGCAGCAGUCUCAGCAGAACUUGGCUGCGUCCCUGAACGGCAUCUCCUUCAACACCUUGAACGGGUCGCCCAUCAUCCCUCUCGAAGUCUUCCUCCAGCAGCAGCAGUCCUCCCCGCAACAGCAACAGCAGGCAAGUCAGCUCACUGCUUUCUCCGGCAAACCGGGCGCCUUUCAGACAACCGAGGGGGUGAAGUACUUUCUCUCUGCUCCACCGAGCGGCACGCCGAUGCUGGCCACCGGACAGGCAGCAGGCCUGCUGCGCCAGCAAGGGGGCGGUGGAGGCUCUACCGUCUACACCAUCGACCCCAGCAGCGCCAGUGCACUGGCACAGACGGGCCCCUUCUUCCAGCCUUCCAACACGAUCAAUAGCAUCAGCAACGGGCUGCAGAACGGCAACGGCGACUUCUCCUUCUUCGUGGCGAAUGGGCUGCCUACUGCAACCGCCUUCGCCGUGAACACCGGCGCAUCGACGGGGAUGCAGGCUGGCAUCGCGAACCUGCCGCCGGAUCAGUUCUCCCGCACCCUGGUGAACCCCACGCCGUCGCUCAACCUGCAGGCGAGUGCGAAUCGCAACGUGACGGUGGCCGAGUUGGUCGGGAACAAAACUUCAAUAGAGGUCUUCGACCCGGACUUCAAGUACAUCUACAACGUGUCGACGAAUGCGGUGGUGCACCUGCCGCCGGCGCGGCUGAACAUCACGCGUCUCGUGCUGUGCCGCAACUACCGCCCGUGCGAUCCGCGGAGCUGCGCGAUGGGCGGCAACUGCAAGUUUGUGCACGCGGACUGCGACUACGCGAAGCUGGAGGCGCACCCGAUCCACGUGAACUACAUCUGGCGCCACGAGAGCCUGUGCACGUACCCGCGCCUGCCACCGGGCGAGAAGCGGAGCGUGCUGCAGGCGGACGGCCAGGUGAUCGAGGUGCCGACGGAGCGCCUGCUCGUGACGAAGGGGGCGCAGAGUUCCAACGGGACCCCGAUCAACAGCUGCGACAGCUACGAGAGCAACGGGAUGUGUUACCAAGGCGAGCGCUGCAGCUGCCUCCACGUCGUCGUCGUCGACCCGAAUGUGAAGGGUGACUUCAAGCGCGCCUCGCGCAAGCGCGAGUUGCCGAACGGGAGCAGCGGCACACACGCCUUUACCGCCGCGGUGGUGCAGCACAGCGGCAGCACGACCUCCUGCGAGCACUCGCGGACGGCGUCGCAGGUCCUCCCUGCUCUCACGUCUCAGCAGCAGUUGUAUGCCCAGCAGCGGCAGCACACCGGAUCGCCGGAAACAGAGACGAGUACCUCGAGCAACAACACCCGCCCCGCCGUGCGCAGCGGCACCGCGACACAGCAGACCACGCCGGCCGAGCCGAUGCUGCCGAGCACCACGCUGGCCCGCUUGCAGGAAGCCGUCGCCAUGCAGCUGCACACGCCCGCGGCGCCCAACCCUCAACCGAUCGCGCCGUCGUUUGGCAUCUCGCUGACGCCGUUCGCGCUGCAGACGUUAACGAACACCACGUCGGCCGGCACGCUGCUCUACCUGCCUCGUGGGGCAGUGGAGGCGAUUGUGAUGGGGCCCGUCGGGUCCGUGGAGAGCGCGAAGGGCAACAGCAACGGCGGCAAGACGCCGUGCGCACCGUAG